AUGUCUUUAACUAAAGACAACGAAUUUGAGCUCGAUCUUGUUGAAUCUAAUACUGAAAUCGAGGCCAAAUCACUUACUGUACAUCUAUCACAUACAGCAGCAACAAUAGUCCGGCUUUCUCCAGACCUUAUGAAUCUUUCUUGUUUUAAAGCUUAUACUCACUAUAUAAUGUUGCAUGAUAUUUCUCUGGUUAUAACUGGUUCUCGUAUUCUUACUUCUGACUCAAUUAAUCCUUUUCCCGCUACGAUUGAAAUCAACAAACAUGGAUAUAUCAGUGCUAUUAUCAACAAUAAAUCAUCUUUUGAUUCUUACGCUUUUCUAGAAAAUGAUAAAUUCAUCGAUGCUGGUGAUAAUCUUGUUAUGCCUGGAAUUGUUGAUGCUCAUGUUCACCUGAAUGAACCUGGUAGAACUGACUGGGAAGGUUUUGAAAGUGGAACAAAAGCUGCUGCCGCUGGUGGAGUAACCACUGUUAUUGACAUGCCAUUAAAUUCAAUUCCUCCAACUACUACCGUUGAUAACUUAAACCAAAAAAUUGACGCUGCUAAAGGAAAAUGCUGGGUAGAUGUUGGUUUUUAUGGUGGAAAUGAUUUGGUUCCUUUAAUAAACGCUGGAGUCAAAGGAUUUAAAGGUUUUUUAAUAAAUAGUGGAGUAGAUGAAUUUCCUUGUGUAAAUGAGCAAGAUGGUCAUAAUUCAAUAUUUUUUAUGUUUCAUGCCGAAAUGGAAUCUAACGAUGGAAAUGAUAUUGAUAAAUCUCUUGAGAUAUCUAAUGAAAAUGCUGAUUAUAAUCGUUUUCUUCAAUCUCGGCCACAAUCUCUUGAACUUAAUGCCAUUUCUCUUGUUACCCGACUAGCUAAGGAAUAUAGUACUGUACGCACUCAUAUUGUUCAUUUAUCAGCUGCGAAUGCUAUUGAUAUGAUCCGCAAAUCAAAAUCCGAUGGUAUCCCGUUGACUGUUGAAACAUGUUUUCAUUAUUUGUGUCUAUCUGCCGAAGACGUACCAUUAGGUAGGACUGAAUUCAAAUGUUGUCCUCCUGUUAGGGAAAAAAUAAACCAAGAAAAACUUUGGCAGGCUUUGUUUGAUGGUACAAUCGAUUAUGUUGUAUCUGACCAUUCUCCAUGCACUGCAGACCUUAAAGAAUUAGAUAAAAAAGAAGAGGAAAGAGAUUUUUUAAAAUCUUGGGGUGGCAUUUCUACUUUGCAAUUUGGAUUACCAGUGUUAUGGACUGAAGCGAAAAAACGUGGUUGCAGUUUUUAUAAUUUAUAUACAUGGUUGUCAAAAAAUACCUCCAAACAAGUUGGUUUACAAGAAAAAAAAGGUGAUAUCAAAGUAGGAUAUGAUGCGGAUAUUGUAAUCUGGAAUCCUGAAGAAACCUUUAUGAUUACAAAAGAUAUUAUCCAAUUUAAAAAUAAAGUUACUCCGUAUAUGGGAAGAACUUUUUAUGGUACAGUUAAACAAACAAUCGUUAGAGGAAACAUAGUUUUUGAUGCUAAAAAUGGUGGUAUUAAAAGUGUUCCAUAUGGUGAUCUUUUGAUUUGA